UCUAAUAAAGUGCCUCCCGUUGGUUCAAAAUGAAGCUGAAUGUUUGUAUCAUAUUGUUUUGUGCGUCAAUGUCUUCUGCUAAUAGUGAUCGAAGUAAGAGAAAUACGAUCACCGGCGAACCUGCCAUCUUGGGGUUUGGAUUAGAACUCCUGUUGACUAAAUUGGAUAACAUUCGUUUGGAGCUACAUAAUGAAUUGCACAAACAUCAUGCUACUCACAUGGCUGCUCUUCACAAACUCGAACAACAGCUCUCCGCUCAGUCGAUGGCCUGUUGCAUGGCGAAGGUUAAUCAAACGUCCUUUGUACUCACGCCGACCGAACCGAAUCAACAGAGCGUUACUUCAACACCACCAUCUAAGUCUAAGCUACCAUCAUUUGCAUCUUGCAAGGACGUAUCGUCGACGACGUCUGGAGUUUAUCGCAUUCGUGUAAACAGUGAUAGUGAACCAAUUAAAGUAUUUUGUGAGCAAGAGAGCUUUGGUGGUGGUUGGCUUGUGGUGCAGCACCGGUUCGAUGGUUUAGUUAGCUUUUCUCGAAACUGGACCGAAUAUCGUGACGGUUUCGGUGAUGUGCGAACGGAGUUCUGGCUCGGUCUGGAGAAAAUGCACCAAAUCACGACAGCUCGACGCCAUGAAUUGAUCGUAGAGAUGAAGGACUUUAGUGGCACUUACAAGUAUGCACGUUAUAAUGCAUUCAAGAUUGGAGAUGAGAGUGAACAGUAUAGCCUGAAUAUCCUUGGAACGUACAGUGGCACUGCUGGGGACUCAAUGUCGUAUAACAAGGGGAUGAAGUUUACUACGCACGAUCGGGACAAUGAUCGGCUUAGUGAUACACAAUGUGCGCACUAUACUGCCGGUGCUUGGUGGCAUAAUGCUUGCACCUACGUGAAUUUAAACGGUCUGUACAUGAAUGCCAACAACUCAACAUCUAUGUUAUGGUUUAAGUUCAAAGACAAUCAACAAGGAAUGAGUUUCUCGAGAAUGAUGAUUCGUGAAGUGGAAUGAGAUCUUUGGAGAAAUGUUGUUGAUGAGAAUUGUCAAUCAGUGAAAGAGCUUGCAAAUAAAAUUUA